GGUUUCUUUCCUCCUCCUUUUCCCGCCACCCAGCCCUCCCAUCUUGACCCACUGGUCCAAUCACCGAGGUCCUGCCACCAAGCCCUCCAGCUUCCCCGGUCUGCGCGGCGCGAACCAACCCCAACGGCAGGGGCGUGGCGAGGCUGGAGGUCCCCGGGAGCACUAUAUAUCCCGGGGGGAGGAGCUGGACCAGACACGGAGCUGCAGGCAGAGUACUCCCAGAGGCUGCCCCAUGGAGCGCUCCCCUGAAGAAGAGGACGCGGGCCCCGGGCCCGCGGGGCAGCCCCCGGCCGCCGACCCCGCGAGGGACCCGGGCUCCGGGGUCCCACCUGCUGGCCCGGGCGCAGCGAGCGAGGCCCUGGCCGUGCUGACUUCCUUCGGGCGGCGCUUGUUGGUGCUGGUGCCCGUGUACCUGGCGGGGGCAGCGGGUCUUAGCGUGGGUUUCGUGCUCUUUGGCCUCGCGCUCUACCUGGGCUGGCGCCGGGUCCGCGAUGGGAAGGCACGGAGCCUGCGGGCAGCGAGGCAGCUGCUGGAUGACGAGGAGCGGAUCACGGCGAAGACGCUGUACAUGAGCGACCGGGAAUUACCUGCCUGGGUCAGCUUCCCAGAUGUGGAAAAGGCUGAAUGGCUGAACAAGAUUGUGGCCCAGGUGUGGCCCUUCCUAGGCCAGUACAUGGAGAAGCUCCUGGCCGAAACGGUGGCGCCAGCUGUCCGGGGCGCCAACCCCCAUCUGCAGACAUUCACGUUUACGCGAGUGGAGCUGGGUGAAAAGCCAGUACGCAUCAUCGGAGUCAAGGUUCACCCUAGUCAGAGAAAAGAUCAGAUUCUCUUGGACUUGAACGUCAGCUAUGUAGGUGAUGUGCAGAUCGACGUGGAGGUGAAGAAGUAUUUCUGCAAAGCAGGACUCAAGGGCAUGCAGCUACACGGAGUCUUGCGGGUGAUUCUGGAGCCACUCACCGGGGACCUUCCUAUCGUGGGGGCUGUGUCGAUGUUCUUUAUCAAACGCCCGACGCUGGACAUCAACUGGACAGGGAUGACCAAUCUGCUGGACAUCCCAGGACUUAGCUCGCUCUCUGACACCAUGAUCAUGGACUCCAUCGCUGCUUUCCUUGUGUUACCCAACCGACUGUUGGUGCCCCUGGUACCCGACCUUCAGGAUGUGGCCCAGCUGCGUUCCCCACUACCCAGGGGCAUUAUUCGGAUUCACCUCCUGGCCGCCCGAGGGCUGAGUUCCAAGGACAAGUACGUGAAAGGCCUGAUUGAGGGCAAAUCAGACCCCUAUGCACUAGUCCGUGUGGGCACCCAGACAUUCUGCAGCCGCGUUAUAGAUGAGGACCUCAACCCUCACUGGGGAGAGACUUACGAGGUGAUAGUGCACGAGGUCCCAGGACAGGAGAUCGAGGUGGAGGUGUUUGACAAAGAUCCCGAUAAAGAUGAUUUUCUGGGAAGAAUGAAACUGGAUGUGGGGAAGGUAUUACAGGCUGGAGUCCUGGAUGAUUGGUACCCUCUACAGGGUGGGCAAGGCCAAGUUCAUUUGAGGCUAGAAUGGCUAGCCCUUUUGAGAGACGCAGAAAAACUGGACCAGGUUCUGCAGUGGAACCGGGGCAUCACUUCCCGACCCGACCCCCCAUCAGCUGCUAUCCUGGUUGUCUACCUGGAUCGGGCCCAGGACCUUCCUCUGAAGAAGGGGAACAAGGAACCCAACCCCAUGGUGCAACUGUCUGUUCAGGACGUGACCCACGAGAGCAAGGCGGCCUACGGCACCAACUGCCCGGUAUGGGAAGAAGCUUUCCGGUUUUUCCUGCAAGACCCUCGAAGCCAGGAGCUUGACGUGCAGGUGAAGGAUGACUCCAGGGCCCUGACUUUAGGGGCGCUAACUCUCCCUCUGGCUCGCCUGUUGACUGCCUCUGAACUCACCCUGGACCAGUGGUUCCAGCUCAGCAGCUCAGGCCCAAACUCCAGGCUCUACAUGAAACUGGUCAUGCGGAUCUUAUACUUGGAUUCAUCGGAGAUCUGCUUCCCCACUGCACCUGGUGCCCAGGACCUGGACAGGGACAGCCUCCAGCCGGGCAGCAGUGUGGAUGCCCCACCUCGGCCCUGCCACACAACGCCUAACAGCCACUUUGGGACUGAGAAUGUUCUUCGGAUCCAUGUAUUAGAGGCUCAGGACCUAAUUGCAAAAGACCGUUUCUUGGGGGGAUUGGUGAAGGGCAAAUCAGACCCCUACGUCAAGCUGAAGGUGGCAGGGAGAAGCUUCCGGACCCAUGUUGUUCGGGAAGAUCUCAAUCCCCGAUGGAAUGAGGUUUUUGAGGUGAUUGUCACAUCGAUUCCAGGCCAAGAGCUUGAGAUUGAGGUCUUUGAUAAGGACCUGGACAAGGAUGACUUUUUGGGCAGGUAUAAAGUGAGUCUCACCACAGUCCUCAACAGUGGCUUCCUUGAUGAGUGGCUGACCCUGGAGGAUGUCCCAUCUGGCCGCCUACACUUGCGCCUGGAGCGGCUGACCCCUAGACCUACCGCUGCUGAGUUAGAAGAGGUGCUGCAGGUCAACAGUCUGAUCCAGACUCAGAAGAGCUCAGAGCUGGCGGCAGCCCUGCUCUCUGUCUACCUGGAACGGGCGGAAGAUCUGCCGCUCCGAAAAGGCACCAAGCCUCCCAGCCCUUAUGCUACCCUCACUGUGGGAGAGACUUCCCAUAAAACCAAGACUGUUUCCCAAACGUCAGCCCCUAUCUGGGAGGAGAGUGCUUCCUUUCUCAUCAGGAAGCCACAUGCCGAGAGCCUGGAGCUCCAGGUUCGGGGUGAAGGAACCGGCACCCUGGGCUCCGUAUCCCUGCCUCUCUCCGAGCUCCUCCAGGCAGACCGACUCUGCUUGGACAACUGGUUUGCGCUCAGUAACGGUCAGGGCCAGGUGCUAAUAAGAGCACAGCUGGGGAUCCUGGUGUCCCAGCACUCUGGAGUGGAAGCUCACAGUCACAGCUCCUCUUCUCUCAGUGAGGAACCUGAGGCCCCAGGGGCACCCGUUCACGCCACCUCCCCAGUCUUGGAGGUCAGGCAUCGCCUCCCGCAUGGUGACAGCCCCUCGGAGGCUCCUGUUGGGCCUCUGGGCCAGGUGAGACUGACACUAUGGUACCACAGCGACGAGCAAAAGCUGGUCAGCAUUGUUCACAGCUGCCGAGCCCUUCGACAGAAUGGCCGCGAUCUCCCGGACCCCUAUGUGUCGCUGCUGCUGCUGCCAGACAAGAAUCGAGGCACCAAGAGGAAGACCUCUCAGAAGAAGAGGACCCUCAACCCCGACUUCAAUGAACAGUUUGAGUGGGAGCUGCCGCUGGAUGGGUCUCUCAGGCGAAAGCUAGAUGUUUCUGUGAAGUCAAACUCCUCCUUCAUGUCAAGAGAGCGUGAGCUUCUGGGGAAGGUGCAGCUGGAUCUGGCUGAGAUCGACCUCUCCCAGGGUGCAGCCCAGUGGUAUGACCUGAUCGAUGACAGAGACAAGGGCGGUUCCUAGGAGCUGGAGACACAGCCUGACGUCUGUCGUCUUGCGUCACC